AUGCUUUUUGGAAUGAGCGCGUGCGGCAGGAAGGCUCUGACUCUGCUCAGCAGCGUGUUUGCUGUGUGCGGUUUGGGGCUCUUAGGAAUUGCUGUUAGCACCGACUACUGGCUUUACCUGGAGGAAGGAAUCAUCCUGCCCCACAAUCAGACCACCGAAAUCAAAAUGUCGCUGCACUCUGGUCUCUGGAGGGUCUGCUUUUUGGCAGGUGAGGAGCGUGGCCGGUGUUUUACUAUAGAAUACGUCAUGCCCAUGAACGUCCAGCUGACGUCUGAAUCGACAAUCAAUGUUCUAAAGAUGAUUCGUUCUGCUACGCCUUUCCCUUUGGUCAGCCUCUUUUUCAUGUUCAUCGGGUUUAUACUGAGCAAUAUUGGACACAUUCGGCCUCACAGAACCAUCCUGGCCUUUGUAUCAGGAAUCUUCUUCAUUCUGUCUGGUUUAUCUCUGGUUGUGGGGCUGGUGCUGUACAUAUCCAGCAUUAACGACGAGAUGCUGAACCAGACCAAGGACUCAGAGACUUACUUCAGUUAUAAAUAUGGAUGGUCAUUUGCUUUCUCUGCUAUCUCUUUCCUUCUCACAGAGAGUGCUGGUGUGAUGUCCGUCUACCUGUUCAUGAAACGAUACACGGCCGAGGAGAUCUACAGGCCCCACCCCGGCUUCUACCACCCCCGUCUUAGCAACUGCUCUGAUUACUCAGGGCAAUUCUUGCACCCCGAUGCCUGGGUGCGCGGACGCAGCCCCUCCGAUAUUUCCAGUGAUGCAUCUCUCCAGAUGAACAGUAACUACCCUGCCCUGCUCAAAUGUCCUGAUUAUGAUCAAAUGUCCUCCUCCCCAUGUUGA